AUGUUUGGCUUUCUGGUGCCGCCGGAGCCGCGUGACGUGUCCUUAUCUGGCAGGGUCCGCGCGGCGCUUUUGGAGCUGUGCAGCGACUCCUUGGCCCCUUGCCUCAGAUUUCAGGAGGUUGAAGGUGAGGCGCGCCUUGACAAUUGGGGCAUCGGGUUCGACCUGCACGGGAAUGGUGUAGGCAUGGCACAGAAUAUGCUGCAGAAGUGGAGAAAGAUGAAUGGACGGCUGCCGAACAACAUCAUCUACUAUCGCGAUGGUGUCUCUGAUGGACAGUUCGUCAACGUCUUGCAGCGCGAAUUGAACCUGCUGGAUACCGCGUUUAAGAACGUAGAGGCGACAUACGAGCCACGUCUGGUCAUCAUCGUUGGCCAGACCCUCGCCUUCAGAAGUUUGCUCGUGCUGUGCCUUUCCACCUUGUCCAUGCUUCUCGCGAAACGUCAUCAGACACGUCUGUGGAUGGCAGAUGAUAAGGGCAAGGGAGGGGGCAAGGACAAGGGCAAGGGCAAGAAGGACCCGGCACAGGCCGACGACUUGGAUUGCAGCAUCGAGCAAAAGCUUCCGAGGCACAACUGGAAGCAUGUGGCUGCAAAGGUUCGCCCGGGCACGGUGGCCAGUGACAACAUUGCGCAGCCUUCGCACAUGAACUUCUUCCUUGUCUCCCAGGAAGGUAUCCAGGGCACCUCGGUGCCUUGUCACUACCACAUCCUGCACUUGGACAAGAGGCUCGUGCAGAGAGGCAUCAAAGUGGACGACUUCGAAAUCAUCACAUUCCAGCUGUGCCACUUGUACUCACGUGCGGACAAGUCCGUGGGAUACGCCACACCAGCUUACAUGGCCGACCACGUGUGUGAGCGUGGCAAGCACUACUUAGAGGCCUACUUCGGACAUUCGGAUGUCAUGUCGACCUUGGGCACUUCUUCCAGUGAGGAAAGGAAGGAGUCGGAGAUGCGCGAAGAAAUCGAGAAGAGGAUCAGCUGGCUGAAUGAGCGUGCUGCGGCUAGCGGGGGGACCGGUUAG